CUAAAACAUUACAUCGUUGGCUUGUCUGGCCUCACCAAAAAUUAUAACACAAUUCUUGAUCUUCUCAUCCAAUCGAGUCUGCAAGCACAGCUUUGCCGGUAUGUCGCGGGCAGCUGAGGCAGCUAUGGCUGCUAGUUAUAAAAGCUUGAAGGAGGAUUUUGUGUCAAAUUUGACAGGAGGCAGCCUUGGAGAGAUAAAUAUGGUCACUGCUGUCGUCCCAGUAUGCCUUGCGCCAUGUCAACUAUCUUUGAUGCACAACGAGCUAAUUUGCUGGGGCAGGUCGCAGUUAUUCUUUGGUCGACUUUACAGACGCGGCAGCAUUUUUUCCUGCCAUAUACUCCAAUCGCUUUCGCUGUCGACUUCCUUCUCAACGUCGGGGCUAUUCUGUUGGCGAUUUCUGUCUACGCAGAUAUGCCCCUCACUUUGAGUCUCCUACUACUUGCGCCGGUUCCCCUAUUGUAUGCCAUUGCACCACAAAAGUCUUCGCAAAAGGCUUCGCAAAAGAAAUUAAGAAUACCGCCGUCGAAAACAAACCCUUCAGACCAAUUGAACCCACUCCCGAAGAAACCUUUCCUUACCAUCUACCGAGGGGCAAUGAUGAUUAUCACUUGUCUAGCUAUACUAGCCGUCGAUUUCAAGAUUUUUCCACGGAGAUUCGCAAAAGUAGAAAACUGGGGGACAUCGUUAAUGGACAUGGGAGUAGGAUCUUUUGUGUUCUCUGGUGGUCUUGUAGGAGCUCGACCAAUACUUAGAGAACAAAGUGCUGGCCGAACAUCGAAGCUCAGCACACGCUUAUAUAACUCCUUGCGCCAUGCACUACCCUUGAUUGUUCUGGGGACCAUAAGAUUGUACAGCGUCAAGGGGCUAGACUAUGCGGAGCAUGUUACUGAGUAUGGGGUGCACUGGAAUUUCUUUUUUACCCUUGCGUUCAUUCCUCCAUUUGUGGCGAUAUUCCAAUCCGCUUUUCAACUCAUCCCGUCAUACGCGCUGCUGGCAAUCAUUCUUGGUUCUUUGUAUCAGGUUGCCCUCGAAUAUACCAGCCUCAAAGCUUUCAUCCUCAUAGGUCCAAGAACAGAUCUAUUCUCGAAGAAUCGUGAAGGGAUCUUCAGCUUUUUUGGCUACCUCGCAAUAUUUCUGGCCGGUCAAGCAACGGGGAUGUUCGUAUUACCACGCAAUUCAAUGCCAGCCGGAGGCCCAUUAGCUCAAAGAAAACGCCUCUUAAUGACGAUGGGUGCAUGGUCAGGAGUGUGGAUUACGCUCUAUUUAUUCACGACAAAUUACAAAUAUGGAUUAGCAUUAAGUGUGUCACGCCGUCUCGCAAACCUUCCGUAUUUCCUAUGGGUUGCAGCUUUCAAUUGCUCACAAUUGACUGCAUUCUGUUUGAUCGAAACGAUAUUCUCUCCAGUUCAUAGAAGCAUGGAUGCAAAGACAGAAAAGGAGAAUUAUGAAUUCUCGACAAGUCGAGUCCUGGAAGCGUUCAAUAGAAAUGGCCUGGCACUUUUUUUGGCUGCAAAUUUACUUACAGGACUCAUCAACCUGACCAUACCAACUUUGUUUGUCAGCAACCUCCAGGCUAUGGGGAUAUUAUUAUUUUAUGCCUCUGCUCUGACAGGGCUUGCAGUAGGCUUGGAUGUAUAUGAUAUUUCUAUUAAAAUGUAAUCCUGGAUGGGUUAUUUUGAGGACAGUAAUCUGCAAUAUCUCAGAGAUCAGCUUGUGCCAUGAAACUUCCGCGCCUGACGAACGCAACGAUAAACCUUGUACACAAACUUUUAGACAUUUAAUCGAAGCCUCUGCUUUUGGAAGAUACUGAACCUGAACUCAUCAAUCUUACGGGUAGAUGAGACAAUAAAGCAAACGAUCCGGAAGCCCUGACCUCGGCGACAGACUAAUUGAUAUACCAAAGUAUUUCGUGCUAGCAAGAUCACUCAAGCUAAUUUUGGUAUGACCAUUGCUAUUGUCUACCUAUUGUCUGUGAGAAAUCAGGUGUCAGGUACUCAAGCAAUUCCAAGCACGAAUCUUCAUGGUAAUUUGAAUUAACAUUUGAAGUCACAACCUUGAUAAUAUUCGGUUUCAAUCAGCCCGGAAGAGUUUGGGCCUGGAGAUCAUCAGGUUAGUUGGUCGAAUCGGGAAGAUGAAACAAAUCCACCCUGCACUCACAUGCAACUCUACUCGAACUUCGACACAUGAUUCGUCCAAUCGAGGAGAAUGCAAGAAUGCAGAGGUGCAGGUACCCAUCGGCAAUACGACCUUGACCAGAUGAGGAAUCGAGGUUCAUCUGGUGGUACCUGAACCAUUCCCCGUUUGCACUGGUAUACAGUGAACUUUCUUCCUCCGACUGAAACGGGUAUAUUUGAAUUUUAGCCUGUAUCAUCGCAUCAGUGGUACUACGGCAAAAUCAUGUUGAUGUCCUCCUCCUUUUGAUGUUGACAUGCAGUGGGACAUCGCCAGGAAGUAAAGAAAUUAAGAUUUGAGGAUUGCGGAUCUUCCGCUUUUGAUAGAACGCACCCCUUUUUUCGUUGAACAUCUAUUUUUUUGUUUCAGAAACAUAUAUUUGAAGAACAUCUAGAAUUUGAUAUAGCGAACGUGGUAUAUGUAUCAUUUGUGUUACUCGAUAUUUCCCGCCAAGUGCUUUUCGAGCACUGAAAUCGUCAUAUCGGGGGAUGCUUGUAAUCCUUCCUUCAUCUGAGAAAAAGAAGAUUUGGGUGAGACCUAAUACUUAAUGUAGCAAUAUGAUCUAGGAUAUUUUAAGCCUUCCAAGGCUUUUCAUACGUACAACAAGGGAAAA